CCUGUGCAGUACAUUGUGGACACUACGGAGGAAGCAAAAGAAGAAUAUAGUAGACAAGAAAUUGUAAAUAAGUUUAAGGCUACAUUUACACAUAGCCGGGUAUUUUGAGAAACAAACACUUUCCCGCCUCCGUUUUCAAUAAUAACAUCGUGCACACAACAUUGUUUUCAAAAAAACUUUCCAUUUACAUCAACCCGCAUAAAUACGCCGUCGAGCGGCAUAAUAACUAUGCCAAACCUGUGGGAGGCAGUGUAGGAAGGGGAAUACAGCCAUGCAAGCCAAUCAAAAUCGUCAGAAUCGACACCAACGAAGAACACGAGCGACUUCCUGUUCCUUUCAUAACAGCAAACAUGGCGCGAGGUUCGUUUGUGUGGACAGACAGCGAAGUUGAGUUUCUCCUUCAUGUAGCGUUAGACUACAAGGCAAGUAAAGCCCAAGACAAUGUCGACUGGGAAUCUUGCCAGUCCAAAUAUGUCGACUUGUUGGCCCGAUUCCUGGAGCAAUACCCGUCCGAGACCAACCAGGACUUUCCUCAUGUGAAGCAGGAGAUAACGCGAGCCCAUCUGACAACGAAACUUAAGGCAAUAAGAGGGAAAUACAGAAAUUCAGUGGACACUGGACGAAGGAGCGGCCACGGAAGAGUGGUGCUCCUCUACUUUGAACUGUGCGAGCAAGUUUGGGGUGGUUCCCCAGCCACUACGACCAUCGCCUCCGGCAUCGAGACCGACGAACUGGAGGAUUCCGUCGCUCCUUCCUCCGCCACAUCUUCUUCGUCCUUGGUGGACGCCGAGUCUGAAGCAGAGGGUCUAGAAGUUGAUGGCAGUGUGAACAUCACCCCCACAGUAAAGCAGAGGAGAGACCUGCUUCAGGCUAAACUGAACGGACACCGGCAUGAACGGUUAAAGAGGAAGCUACCCGCUGAGUCCCACUGGUUGAAUGCCAUUGAGGAUGACAAAAAUGUGAAGAAGAAACUCGUGGAAAUUAUUGAGACCUCAGAAAAGCAGGCAUCUGAGAACUUCUCUAAAAUAACAAAUACCCUGGAUAGGCUAACAUCAUCAAUUGCAGAUGGGUUUGCUCUCCUGCGUCAAGUUGUGCAGACAUCGCCACAUUACAAUAUCCCAUUUGAGGGAAGAGGUUCUUAUGGAACAGUAUAUGCACACACUCCACCAGUACACACACACUCCUAUUUCCCAAAUUCAGCACCAAUUCAGCAUUCAUUCCCACUCACCUCAUGAGCUGACAACAGACCACACAAUGCAGUGCCACUCAGCACCAUCAACAUAACUGAUUUGACACACACACCUGUUGAUGCCAUGCAGGCUCAGUUUUCAUAUACCCAAGCCCUUAAGGAAGAUUAGUGAUAUUGAUAUAUAAAAAGUUUCAAUUGGUGUGCAAUUGUGUUUUUUUUUUUUUUUGGCCAAUUGGUACUGUUUUUUGGGGAGUUGUUUUUUUUGUGUUAAAUGUUACCCUGAACAGUUCCAAUAUUUUUGUACCAAGAGUUUAAAAAGGGUUCUUCAUAGGUAGCCUUAAGUUAAGGCCUCUUGAAGUGUUUUUUACUUGAAAAGUGUUUUAUUUUUUUACUUGAAAAGUGCCUAUUGUGUGAAUGCGAUUUUUAUAUGCAUUUAUAUGCACUAUUUUUGUGAAUUCCUCUUGAAGU